UCGAAGUUUACUAAUUGUUCUCACAAAAUAUUGUACUCGCUGAUGCUUUCGCAUUGGAUUCGCCACUCUGCUAGAGGGACCGGUGGCAGAUAGAGAUAAAGCUAUUUCACUGAGCUCAACUUGGUUCUCAAUUACUAGCAAGAUUACUUGUCAUUAGCAAACAUGGAGACUCAGAUGAUGGAUUGUUCUGAAAAUCCCAUCAUUAUUUCUGACAUGGGUGCAAAGGGUCUACUUAGCCAUUAUCAGUUUGAAGACGGGUCAUCUCAGUUUAUUUUUCUGGACAUUGAUAAAGAAACUGGAGGCAUCAGUAUCAACAAUCCCCUGAGUCUCACCACCGGCAGUUAUGUACAAAUCAUCUCUUCAUCUGAGGGCUUGCUUUUAUUGUCUAGUACUGGGGAGAAUCAUCUCAACUAUGUUGUGUUCAAUCCCUUGACUAAGCAGUCUGUGACUCUUCCACAGCAUUGUAUCGCCAGGCUGAUUAUCAGGUCAGGUCUCGCUUUUGAUGGGAAGCAUUAUCAAGUAGUGCUUGUACAUGUUUCUAGAGAUGAAGAGAAUGGUUUGGGCCCUCUUCCUGGUGAUAUUGAAUUGGAAGUUUUCUCUUCUGAAACUGGGGCUUGGAGAAAUCAUCGACCUUUCAGUUUGUCUUUGAAUGUUGAAUUACCUGAUAAUGAGUUUCCUGAGCUGAACACAACCCCACUUUUUUCCAAUGGAGCAAUCCACUGGGAGAUAAGCGGGCAGUUGCUUGUUUAUCAUGUUGAGGAUGAUUACUGUGAAGUAAUUGAACUGCCAAAUGUUUUUGAGGAUUGGUCUUGGCAAUCGACAAUGACUUACAGGCGAUGUCUGUGGGAAUCUGAGGGGAGAGUACACUACACUUAUACCGAUUUUGAUGGGGUUCAUUCUUGGAAUCUUCUCAAGGAAGAUGAUCAUAAUGUUUACUCGCAACAGAACGUCUGUGACCGUGAAAAAUUCAGGUGGGCAUUGGCAUAUACUAUCAACCAUGAAGACUUGGCAGAACAGGAUCCGGAUAUUCUCAGUCUUGGUGAUCAGUGGGAGCCUCGCAACAUAUCUCCUAUUGCUUAUGUUCAAGAUUCCGAGACCAUGUAUUUGCAGCUUCCAGGAAUUGUUGUUGCAUACAAUACCAAGAAUCGAGUUUUGCUGAAAGUAUGCAGGUACACAUUUCCAGGCGGGGAUUUUAAUUGCUGUUCUUUCUUCCCCUCCAUCCACAGAAGUGAGUGCAAUAAGCAAAAUGCAAUUAAAUCACAAGUAGGAGAAGUGGUUGAUUUUCCUAUAGGAGAAGAGGUGAAUUCAUUUUCAUUUUAAGUGGAGCUUUAUUGUACUAGCAUUCUACUUCUCGUAUACUUUGUAUCACAAAUUCAAUUUUAUUUCCAGCUAAUUGCAUCUGGUCUUCGCACUA